CUGCUGCUGCUGCCCUAGUUUAAAUGCUGAAAAAUCCUGUCGCGUUUCGGUGCGUUAUUUUGCUUUUGGGGAUUUUGGAGACGGUGCCUGCCCGGGACAAGUUGCUCUUUCGCAUCCGGUCUCCUUUUUCGUGGGCGGUAAGGAGGAAGCCGGGCCCCUUGACAAUGAAAGCCCUACGGAAGCUGCUGGCUGUGAAUCGUGCACGUGUGAACAUGAGUAGCAUAGAGAGAGCAAAAGUCAUUUCCUAUGAGGAUGUAAAGAAACUGGUAGCAGAAGGGGAGGCCAAGGUCUUUGAUGUGCGGUCGCCAGAAGAAGUAGCCAAUGGGCGAAUUGCAAAUUCUGUUAACAUUCCAGUUGCGGAGGUAGAAGAAGCUUUCAAAAUGGACCCAGAAACGUUUAAAAUGAAGUAUGGAGUAAAUAAGCCACGGCGGGAUGAAGAAAACUUGGUUUUCCAUUGUCAGAUGGGCAAAAGAGGGGCCCGGGCCACAGAAAUAGCCAUGGCGCUCGGCUAUGUCAAGGCUCGCAACUAUGCCGGAGGUUACAAGGAGUGGUCAGAGAAAGAAGGGAAGUGACGUGUGAAGGGAUCGAGGCAGCUUUGUGGCAGACGUCAGUCUCCCGGGAAACUGGUGGUUUGUUUUCUCCUGAAGAUUCAGCUGCGGUUGAACAUUUUGCUGGCCCCUUGACUGAACUGAAGAGCCUCUUUGGAGCUAAGGUUCAUCAGGAUUGGUUCACCCCCCCCUCCCCCACCCAAGAAAUUAGGUUCAAGUUUGCACAGGUUAAGACUCAGGGCAUUUUCAGUGGUGGCUCCAUUGUUAUAGAACAUCAUCUGAAGGCUGGGCCACCAUAUUUUGAUGUAUUUUGGAGCGUGAAAUUGUUCCGUUCGAUUAAAACACUUGAAAGAUCAUAAGAUGAA